AUGAAUUUCUUGACUAAUGGUCAUUCCAAUGGACACGUUGAGCGCAAUGCUUCGGAGGAGACAGUUGAGACUGAUAUGCUGAUUGUUGGGGCUGGUCCAGCAGGCGCAUCAUUGGCAUGCUUCCUCGCAUCCUACGGGAUCAAAGGGAUCCUUGUCAGCAGAUCAUCCGGAACUGCAGACACGCCACGCGCCCACAUCACCAACAUGGCGGCACUCGAAUGCCUCCGAGACAUCGGUCUCGAUAGUGACUGCAUUCAAGUGUCGACCGAAGGAGAAUGCAUGAAACACACACGUUGGUGCCACAGUAUGGCUGGCGACGAAUUCGCUCGUGUAUACUCGUGGGGGAACGAUCCUGCCAGAAAAGGCGACUACGAGAUUGCAAGUCCCUGCAAGCCUUGCGACCUUCCGCAGACAUUGCUGGAGCCGGUGCUGGUCAGGCAUGCUACACAUCAUGGAUUUAAAUGCCGCUGGGAUACUUCAUUUGUUUCGUUUGAAGAUUUGGGUCAAGGCAAAGGUGGUUUGACGCGCCUACGCGACGACAUGUCCGGUCACGAGUACUCGGUUCGUUGUAAGUACCUUUUCGCCGCCGAUGGCGCAAGAAGUCGCAUCGUCAAGCAGCUCGACCUCCCUCUCGAUUCCAAGCCCGGUGGAGGAGUCGCCAUCAAUGUCCUCGUGCGAGCAGACCUAAGUCACUUGAUCAAGCACAGAAGAGGCAACCUUCACUGGGUCAUGCAACCUGACCAGCCUCAUUGUGCAUUCGGACAGAUGGCCAUUGUCCGUAUGGUGAAGCCGUGGUACGAAUGGAUGUUCAUUCUUCUCCCCAAACCCGGAUGGGAUGGAUUGGAGCCUACCCGUGAGGAAUAUCUCCGACAAGUGCAAAACUUCAUCGGCGACGAGUCCAUUCCCGCAGAAAUUCUAAGCAUUUCAAAAUGGUUCAUAAAUGAGACGGUGGCGGAAGAAUACUUUCGCGGCAAUGUUUUCGGCCUAGGAGACGCAGUGCACCGACAUCCACCGUUCAAUGGCCUGGGCAGCAACACAUGCAUCCAGGACUCAUUCAAUCUGGCUUGGAAGAUUGCCUUUGUGGAAUCGGGACUGGCAGGUCGGGCCCUUCUUGACACUUACAACGCCGAAAGGCAGCCAGUUGGACGCUCGAUAGUAAAGAGAGCCAACGACGGCUUCCGGGAGCACUCAAAGGUGUGGCAAGCCCUCGGCAUCCUGGCCGAGGAUAUCUCAGAACGAAAAGCCAUUAUGGACGAACUAAGGAGUCCUGGUCCUGCUGGGCAGAAGCGACGCGCCGCUCUACAAGCGGCAACGCUGAACACGUGCCACGAAUUCCACGGUCUGGGUGUCGAAAUGAACCAGACAUACACGGGCGCUGGGAUUUGCCUCGAAGAUGAGCAAGUCCCAUUCGAGCUCCAAGGCCCAGCAGCCGCAGACCCGAUCCUCUAUCACAUGCGAAGUACAUACCCCGGUCGCCGACUUCCGCACGCUUGGCUGAACACGCGCCGUCCAAACCAAGGGCCUACUUCCACAAUUGACCUUGCGGGACAUGGCUGCUUUGCUAUCUUCACAGGAGUCGGAGGAGACGUCUGGAGGAAAGCGGCUGCAGAAACAGCGUCGAAGCUUGGGCCGGACCUCCAGAUCAAGGUGCACUCCAUCGGCCAAGGUCAGGAAUGGGAAGAUGUCUACUAUGACUGGACGAAGGUCCGUGGUGUUGAAGAUGAUGGUGCGGUUCUGGUCCGACCAGAUCGCUUCGUUGCUUGGAGGUGUCGGCAAGCCAUCUCGACCGCGGAAGGCUGUGAGGCAAAACUCUUGCGCGUGAUGCGCGAUGUCCUGAGUGUUUACAUUAGGUCUCGCAUACGGAAGAUUGGAUACUUAUGA